UCUUCUUUUCAAAAUUGGUUUUCAAAUUUACUCUCUGUCUAACUGAAAAAAAAAGCAAACUUUCUCAGUAUACUUCUUCCUCAGAAAGCUCCAAUCUUUACAGCAAACUAAAACGAGGCAAAACCAUAAUGGAACCGGAAAAUUCACAAUCUUUCGGAAGAGACACGCCCACGCCGGAGCAGGAGCCGGCACCGGCACAAACUGAAGACGAACCUCGACAAAGGGUUUCUGCAUAUGACCUUAUGGUAGUGGAGGGGGUUGAUCAAAAAAAGGAGGAGAUGCAUAAAAUUUUAGACCAGAUUCAUGAGAAAGCUUCAUCAGUUCUUGAUUCAUCGCUACGGUGGGAAGAAAUCGACAAGCCGUUUGAUUUGCUAAAGCAACGAGCCAUGGAAGUGGAUUUGAAGGAGGAAUCUGUAAGGAAACAGAUUCUGGAUCUGGAGAGGAGGAGAAAGGAAGCUGAACUGAUGGAAGCAUCUCUUAAGGAACUUGAAGCGAGGGAGAAUGAGUUCAGAGAGAAAUCAGCUGAACUGGAGAAGAAAGAAGAGAUUUUUGAACUGAGAAAGCUGGAAGAAGCCAUAGAGAUUGAUGUUAAGAGGAAGUAUCUAGAGUUAAAGGAAAAGGAACUUGAAGAAAGGGAGCAAGAGAUUGAAUUGAAACAGAGAGAAGUUGAAGAACUAUCUAUGCAAGCAGGGACUCGGAAGAGACGUAGGCUAGAAUCUGAGCCUUCACUGUUGGCAACGAAUGGUAGAGAUGCUGAGGCUCUUGGACAAUACAACCAUAAUGAUGAAGACAUGGAAAAAGAUUCGGCUUCUACAUCCUCUCCUGUACAAAUAAGUGAAGGACAUGAAGAAGAUGUUGAAGAAGUUGUCUCCAUAGAUGACAGUGAUGAGGAGGACCAUGAGCCAUUAUUGUGUGUUGAUUCAGAGUUUGCAGAUUUCAGCAAGACGAUGACAUCUUUCAAGGCUGGUCAAGUAUGGGCUCUAUACGAUGGUAUAGAUUCUAUGCCUAGGUUGUAUGGACGGAUCAAGAAAAUUAAUAAACGUGGGACGAGUCUUCAGUUGACAUGGUUUGAACAUAAAGAUGAGGAUUCUGUUGUUCCUGCUGCUUGUGGGAGGUUCAAAGUAGGGAUCACAGAAACCAUAAGCCAGUUGACCUUUUCUCAUGUGAUGAAUCCCAUCAUAAAUAGCAGACACUUCAUCGCUGUGGUUCCAAGGAAAGGAGAAACGUGGGCUCUUUUCAGAGACUGGAGCAAAAGCUGGAACAAUAACCCCAAACAGCACAAGCCUCCUUAUAAGUAUGACUUUGUGGAAGUUCUGGUCAACUUUGACGAUUGUCUAGGUGUUGGAGUGGCCUAUUUAGGAAAGGUUGAGGGAUUUGUAUCGGUCUAUGAACAAGCUGGCAAGGAUGGAGUCGUCUCACUCAUGAUCGCACCAGAGGAAAUGCAAAUAUUCUCUCACAGGGUGCCAUCACUUAAGUUAAAUGGAAAGGAGAGAGAGGGAGUUCCCGCUGGUUCUUUCGAGCUAGACCCUGCUGCUAUCACCAGUGUUCCACUCACGCCUGAUAGCUCUAUCGGUGAGGAAGCAGAAGAGACAGAAAGUCAGAGCGAGGGUUGUGGUAAAACUGGUGAGGUUGAAGAUCAAGGUGGGUUAAGAAAAGAUUUCCCCAUUGUCUUAGAUUGAGUGUGGUCUAUAAUUGUCAGUCUGAUGGUCUUAGUUCUUCUAAGAUGUAGUAUUUUAUUUCUCAAAUGAUGGCUGCUUGUUGCAGAAAAUGGUACUGUGAUCCUUCUGUGAUCUGUUUGGACAUGUCUGUGUCUCUUGAAUGGUAACUUCAGGUGGAACC